AUGGAAGCCUACUCGAUACCAGAUCAGACAGCUGAAACAGUCAUCAGCAAGUUUGUUAAUGAGUUUGUCUGCCGGUUUGGUGUGCCUACAGUUCUGCAUUCGGAACAAGGCCGGAAUUUUGAGUCAUGUAUCUUCCGGGAAAUGUGCCAUAUCCUUGGUACUUGCAAGACGCAUACUACCCCAUACAACCCCAAAUCUGAAGGGCUCAUUGAGAAGUUCAAAGGCACUCUAUUGAACAUGAUCUCAAUGAUGAUUGAGGCACACGAGCUGCAACGGGACUGGGAUGAGAAGUUGGCAAUUGCGUUAUUUGCCUACCGUAGUGCCCUGCAAGACUCCAUGUGA